CAGAUGCAGCUUCCUGCCAUGUGUUUGCAGCGCUGUUAAGAUAUCACGUAGAACUCUAGAGGCGCAAUUGCUGAACUGGGGUGUUAUUGUGUCUCCCAUGCAAUCUCUUAAGACAUUGAUCAUAUUUUAUAACCCCGGUAGUUCUUUUGCAUAACACCGGGAGAGUCCCCACGGGAGAGGCGUCAGAGGUGGGAGUGGAAAGGGCAGAAGUGAAAGUCCCGGGAGUGGGGCGGAGUCCGCCAAGUGCGCGGCCACCUCCAAGCCAGGCUUGUCCUCGACUCACCCCACUUUCGGGAGUGUUUCUCUUCCUGCCCUGGAGCCCAGGACCAGCAGAAGCCGAGGCACGCCACGCGAGGAAGAUGAGCGUCACGCUGGGCUACUGGGACAUCCGUGGGCUUGCCCAUGCUAUCAGGCUACUCCUAGAAUACACAGAAACACCAUAUGAAGAAAAACGAUACCAUUUUGGAGAAGCUCCUGAUUUUGACAGACGCGAGUGGACUAGUGUAAAAGAGAAACUGGGCUUUGACUUCCCAAAUCUGCCAUACCUAAUUGACGGUGACAGAAAACUUACACAGAGCAAUGCCAUCCUGCGAUAUCUUGCCCGCAAGCACAAGAUGUGUGGGGAGACUGAAGAAGAAAUAAUCCGGAUGGAUAUACUUGAAUACCAGGUUGUAGAUUUUGCAACAGACCUUGCAACAGUGUGUUACAGCCCAGAUUUUGAAAAAUUGAAGCCCGAGUACAUUAAACAGCUACCUGAGAAACUGAAGCGGUUCUCCCAGUUUCUGGGAGACAGAAAAUGGUUUCUAGGAGAUAAGAUCACCUAUGUAGAUUUCCUUGCAUAUGACAUUUUGGAUCUGCACCAGAUGUUUCAGCCAAAAUGCUUGGAUCAGUUCAAAAAUUUAAAAGAUUUCCUGGAUCGCUUUGAGGCAUUGGAGAAGAUUUCUGCCUACAUAAAAUCAAGCCGUUUCCUGAGAACUCCUCUCUAUGGCAGAAAUGCCACUUGGGGUAAUACAAAUGAAUAGAAGGAAACAGGAUUCUUCCUGGCUUGACAUUUGCAAUUCUGUAUCAGUAAGGAGCCUUGAAACACCACCUCCCUUCAUGCUUCAGAACAUUGUUGCACAGUAUUUCCAAUGCCCCAAAUACAUUCCAAGGAACCAGAUAAUAAUAAAAGCCGUUGAGUAUGAAAAA